CUUUCAACGGGGUUUGGGUUGGGGGGCGGGGGCUGAUCACUGCUUAUUAAAUCCUCUCUCCCUCGCCUCCUUUCCCCGUCUCUCUUCAUUCUCUCCCUCUUUCUGCUUUGGACUUUGGAGUCGACAAGCCAUGGCGGAAUCGAUGGAGCUCCCGAGUCGACUCGCGAUCCUCCCCUUCAGGAACAAGGUCCUCCUCCCCGGCGCCAUCGUCCGGAUCCGGUGCACCUCCCCGAGCAGUGUGAAGUUGGUGGAGCAAGAACUAUGGCAAAGAGAAGAGAAGGGUUUGAUUGGGGUGCUCCCGGUGAGGGACUCGGAAGCUGCUGCAGUGGGUUCCUUGUUGGCUCCAGGUAUGGGAAGUGAUUCUGGGGAAAGAGGUCUUAAAGUGCCGUCCGAGGUUGUGGGGGACUCACAGAAGCAGGAUACGAAGAACCAGCAGGAACUCAUCCAAUGGCACAACAGGGGAGUUGCUGCUAGAGCUUUGCACCUCUCAAGAGGAGUGGAAAAACCAAGUGGAAGGGUCACAUAUAUAGUUGUUCUCGAGGGCUUGUGUAGGUUUAACGUUCAAGAACUCAGUGCUAGAGGGACAUAUCACGUCGCCCGCAUUUCACGUCUUGACAUGACAAAAGCUGAGUUGGAGCAAGCAGAGCAAGAUCCAGAUCUUAUUUUGCUAUCUCGCCAAUUCAAAGCUACUGCCAUGGAGCUAAUUUCUGUCCUUGAGCAGAAGCAAAAAACUGUUGGUAGGACAAAGGUUCUCCUUGAGACAGUUCCUGUGCACAGGCUAGCUGAUAUAUUUGUUGCUAGCUUUGAAAUAAGCUUUGAGGAACAGCUAUCCAUGUUAGAUUCAGUUGACCUGAAAGUUAGGCUUUCAAAGGCAACGGAACUCGUAGACAGGCACUUACAGUCAAUUCGUGUAGCUGAGAAAAUAACUCAAAAGGUCGAGGGGCAGUUAUCAAAAUCACAGAAAGAAUUUCUUCUGCGUCAGCAGAUGAGGGCUAUUAAGGAGGAACUUGGUGACAAUGAUGAUGAUGAGGAUGAUGUAGCUGCUUUGGAAAGAAAGAUGCAGAGUGCAGGGAUGCCUCCUAAUAUUUGGAAACAUGCUCAAAGGGAAUUGAGACGAUUAAAAAAAAUGCAGCCUCAGCAGCCUGGGUAUAGUAGUUCCCGUGUGUACCUGGAACUUCUGGCCGAUCUCCCUUGGCAGAAGGUGAGUGAAGAACCUGAACUCGACCUAAGGGCUGCCAAGGAGAGCCUUGACCGUGAUCAUUAUGGAUUAACCAAAGUCAAGCAACGGAUUAUCGAAUAUUUGGCUGUUCGCAAGCUUAAACCUGAUGCCAGAGGCCCAGUUCUUUGUUUUGUUGGCCCGCCAGGUGUUGGGAAGACAUCGUUGGCUUCGUCAAUAGCAGCUGCUUUAAAUAGAAAGUUCAUAAGGAUUUCUCUUGGUGGUGUGAAGGACGAGGCUGAUAUUAGGGGCCAUCGAAGGACCUAUAUUGGAAGCAUGCCAGGACGGCUUAUUGAUGGGUUGAAGAGGGUGGGUGUUGGCAAUCCUGUCAUGCUUCUUGAUGAAGUUGAUAAGACAGGUUCUGAUGUUCGUGGGGAUCCAGCAUCAGCACUAUUGGAAGUUCUUGACCCAGAGCAGAAUAAUACAUUCAAUGACCACUAUUUGAAUGUUCCAUUUGACUUGUCGAAGGUGAUAUUUGUUGCAAUGGCAAACAGGGUGCAACCUAUUCCACCACCCCUUUUGGAUCGGAUGGAAGUCAUUGAGCUUCCUGGUUAUACACCUGAAGAGAAGCUAAAAAUGGCAAUGAAACAUCUUAUACCAAGAGUCCUAGAUCAACAUGGUUUGAGCUCUGAAUUUCUUCAGAUUCCUGAGGCCAUGGUAAAACUCAUUAUCCAAAGAUACACUCGAGAAGCUGGUGUGCGUAACCUUGAGAGGAACUUGGCUGCUCUGGCCCGUUCAGCUGCUGUCAAGUUUGCAGAGCAAGAGAGUGCAGUUCAAGUUGGCAAAGACGUACAACCAAUGACAACGUCCCUUCUUGACACCAGGCUUGCAGAUGGUGCUGAAGUUGAGAUGGAAGUUAUUCCUAUGGGCGUCAACAGCCAGGAGAUAUCAAAUUCUUUUGAAAGUGCCUCACCUAUUAUCGUAGAUGAAGCUAUGCUGGAAAAAGUGCUUGGGCCUCCUAGGUUUGACGACAGAGAAACUGCAGAACGAGUGGCAACUCCUGGAGUAUCAGUUGGACUAGUCUGGACUUCCUUUGGUGGGGAGGUUCAGUUUGUCGAAGCCACAGCAAUGGUGGGAAAGGGUGACUUGCAUUUGACUGGACAGCUUGGUGAUGUUAUCAAAGAAUCUGCACAAAUAGCUCUCACAUGGGUAAGAGCAAAAGCAGCAGAGCUGAAUUUGUCAGCUUCUUCGGGGAUUAAUUUAUUGGAGAGUCGUGACGUUCAUAUUCAUUUUCCUGCUGGUGCCGUGCCAAAGGAUGGACCAUCGGCAGGAGUUACUUUGGUGACAUCGCUUGUUUCACUAUUCAGUCAGAGGAAAGUUAGAGCAGACACUGCAAUGACCGGAGAAAUGACUCUGAGGGGCCUUGUAUUACUAGUUGGUGGCAUCAAGGAUAAGGUAUUGGCAGCUCAUCGUUAUGGCAUCAAGAGAGUAAUCUUGCCGGAACGGAAUUUGAAGGACCUAACUGAAGUCCCAUCGGCCAUUCUAUCUGGCAUGGAGAUUUUGCUUGUGAAGCGUAUUGAGGAAGUACUGGAACACGCAUUUGAAGGUGGAUGCCCCUGGAGGAAACAUGCUAAGUUAUAGCAUUCUCCAGUGUUCUCCAAUCGUGGAGUAAAUAUCGAUGGAAUUGCCGUUUUCGACCAGAUUUAGGGCAACCUGAUUGACAAUAGCAGAUGCGAUCGUAUCAGCACGCAUCCAAUAUGCGGAACCGAGCCAUUGGAUAAGAUAUCUACUGGAAAUAUAAAAUACGGGCUCAGUAUUAGCCAGUGUAAUGUCUUCGAAAGAUUGACCUGAAUGAGUUAUAUAAUCCCCGCUUUAGAGCAUUAGCCGUUUCUAGCCGAUCCUAUAAUUAUAUUUGGGAUCAAAGGCUUAGUUAUCGUUGUUAUUGCUGCCGCUGCGGCCACAGAGCAUGUGGCUAUCGUUGUGCUACGAACUCCCGAUUUGGCUCAGCAAUUUGUGUAAGGCUAGUCUCUCUGAUUCUGUAUUAUGUAUAAUUUCAAACUGGAAGCGAAAGUCUCUCCUAUUUAA